AUUUCUCGACCCUAACUCGUUCGCUCUCCGGGCCGUCUCCACCGCAAUAAAUCCCUCUCUCUCGGUCUUUCCUCCCGGCCGCUCGCCCUCCGCCGCCUCCUCGAACGAUUCUAGGGUUCUCUCUUGCCCGAGCUCAUUGACUCCUCUCAAAGAGAGGAGCUCGCUCUGAUCUCCAACCAUGGCGACUCAGAUGAGCAAGAAGAGGAAGUUCGUGGCGGAUGGAGUGUUCUACGCGGAGCUGAACGAGGUUCUAACGAGGGAGCUCGCGGAGGACGGCUACUCCGGCGUCGAGGUCCGGGUCACGCCGAUGCGCACCGAGAUCAUCAUCCGGGCCACCAGGACCCAGAACGUUCUCGGUGAGAAGGGGAGGAGGAUAAGGGAGCUGACCUCGGUGGUCCAGAAAAGGUUCAACUUUCCGGAGAAUAGCGUGGAACUUUAUGCCGAGAAGGUUAACAACAGAGGGCUCUGUGCCAUUGCUCAGGCUGAGUCCCUCCGGUAUAAGCUUCUCGGUGGCCUUGCUGUUCGAAGGGCCUGCUAUGGAGUCCUCCGCUUUGUCAUGGAAAGUGGUGCUAAAGGUUGCGAGGUGUGUCUUUGGAUGGUCAUAGUGAGUGGAAAGCUCAGGGCACAACGUGCCAAGUCAAUGAAGUUCAAGGAUGGUUACAUGAUCUCCUCCGGUCAACCAGUUAAUGAAUACAUUGAUUCAGCUGUGAGACAUGUCCUUCUUAGACAGGGAGUCCUUGGCAUCAAGGUGAAGAUUAUGUUGGAUUGGGAUCCCAAGGGGAAGCAGGGUCCUGCUACUCCGUUGCCAGAUCUUGUUACAAUUCACACCCCCAAGGAGGAAGAGGAGUUAACUCAGCCUCUAAUGGUCUAGGAAAUUUUAUUUUUUUUAGUACUGGAGUUUUGAGAUUCAUCACUUCUGCAGAGGGUGAUGAACUUGAGGAAAGUCCAUGCUGUGAAGCUGACGAAGCAGAUUUUUUUUAGUAUUGUUCUAUUAGGCUUAUUGGUGAUGCAAUUUUGAUGAUUGAUAAAUGUUUUAUUUUGCACUUUUCUUUUCCGGUUUUGCAGACUUAUUCUUUGUUCCUUAAUCUUGUUAUGAAUCUGGAUGGUUGGCCUUAGUGAGAAGUCGAGGAUUUUAAUGGUUACAUGACUUUUUAA